AUGUACGCCAAAGGUAAAGGAGCUGUCGUCCCUUCUGAUAGUCAAGCGAGAGAAAAGUUAGCUUUAUACGUGUAUGAGUACUUGCUGCAUGUUGGCGCACAGAAAUCGGCACAGACCUUCCUGUCAGAGAUCCGAUGGGAGAAGAAUAUCACAUUAGGAGAGCCUCCUGGAUUCCUGCACUCAUGGUGGUGUGUAUUCUGGGAUCUGUACUGUGCAGCUCCAGAUCGACGGGAGACAUGUGAACAUUCCAGCGAGGCCAAGGCUUUCCACGACUAUAGUGCGGCAGCAGCUCCCAGUCCUGUGAUGGGCAACAUGCCGCCCAACGACGGCAUGCCAGGUGGACCCAUGCCUCCCGGCUUCUUUCAAGGGCCACCCGGGUCACAACCAUCACCACACUCACAGCCCCCUCCACACAACCCCAACAACCCCAUGAUGGGGCCACACGGCCAGCCUUUCAUGUCUCCACGGUACCCAGGUGGACCUCGUCCAUCACUCCGCAUGCCAAAUCAGCCUCCGGUUGGAGUCCCAGGGUCACAGCCACUCCUGCCAAACAGUUUGGACCCCACCAGACCGCAAGGACAUCCAAACAUGGGCGGUCCGAUGAGAAUGAACCCACCCAGAGGAAUGGGAGGCAUGGGCCCACAGAACUACGGCGGUGGAAUGAGGCCUCCUCCAAACUCUCUCGGCGGUCCUGGAAUGCCUGGCAUGAACAUGGGUCCAGGAGGUCGAGGGCCUUGGCCUAAUCCUAACGCAAACUCAAUAGCAUACUCGUCUUCAUCACCAGGAAACUAUGUGGGGCCCCCAGGAGGUGGCGGCCCUCCAGGAACUCCCAUCAUGCCAAGCCCAGGAGACUCAACAAAUUCCAGUGAAAAUAUUUACACAAUGAUGAAUCCAAUCGGCCCCGGUGGCAACAGACCGAAUUUCCCAAUGGGGCCGGGGCCUGACGGUCCGAUGGGUGGAAUGGGAUCGAUGGAGCCGCACCAUAUGAAUGGGUCUUUAGGCUCGGGUGAUAUGGAUGGGAUGCCAAAGAACUCUCCGAACAACAUGGCAGGUAUGAACAAUCCCCCAGGAACUCCGCGGGACGACGGGGAGAUGGCAGGCAACUUCUUAAACCCAUUCCAAAGUGAAAGUUAUUCACCCAACAUGACGAUGAGUGUGUGAUUCUUCUUUUUUUUAAUUUUGUUUUUAUUUAAUUUUUUUUUAACCCAUCCCCCAUCCCACUUCCUGUUCUCCUCGUCUCUGCUGUGUUCGGCAUGUUGUUGCUUUUUUUUUUCCGUUUGAUCUUCAACUCCCCACAACUCCCUCAAACACCCUGGGCUGGCGCGGAGGCACCCUUCAGCGCCCGACGUGGCCACAGAGCGAAGGACGCCCAGUACAAAGCCGAAAGAAAGCAGGCAUCGAGCCUUCUGAUGGACUCAACCUGCCUGUCUGGCUUCGUCACUGGAUCGGGACGCUAAGGGCCCCCAAAUGAACCACCGUGUGUGUAUGUGUUUGUACAUGUGCGUGUGCCAGGAAGACACUUCAUAACUAGCUGCUCAUCAGCAUCAUGGCUGGUGGCCUUAUUUCAGCCCUAUUUUCUCUCUCUUUUUUUUCAGCAAUGAAACACUGAAACCUGCGGUUGUUUUGAUUGCUGUGUACAUUUUAAAAUGGAAAAAGCUAAACUGGUGACGCUAGGGGCAGGAAUGGUCUCAUUACAAUAUAUUUGUAUAUUAUUGAUAUUAUUGUUAUAAUUUUCAUAAUUGCUAUGAUGAUGAUGAUGAUGAUGUACUCAUAAUUUUAUGGAUUUUCCUGUAAAGGGCACAUUUGUAUCUCAACAACAUCAAUGACAGAAUAAGCACACAUUCAAAUGCACAAUGACACUUCUGUUUACAUGAUUUUAGGUCUUCGUUUUGUCUUCGUUUGAGUUUGUUUCGUCAGAUAUCUACAUAUACCUCUUCCUGUGUUCUGAUGUCAUCACUACCGAGAUCUACAACCUCAGUUUUUGUGUCUCUUUCAGCAAAGUGGCUACAGUCACUGGUUUAAUGCACCCGUCGGCACUGUAUUUAAAGAUUGGAGUUCAUUCUGAAGUCUAAAAGGGUGACAUUGCAUAUUCACUGCCAUCCAUUCUUGCUUUGGUCAAUAACAUAUUUUACUAUCUGUUUCUAGAUGAUUUGCCGCUGAUAGCUACAAUAUCAUCCCUGUUCAUUGUAAUUUUGCCACUACGUGUUUACCACGUUGUUUCAGAAGUCUUUUUAGAAAUAUUAUACCCACGUGUUUGUAACAGUAGUUGGAGGCAGGCUGCUCUUACAAGCACAAGUGUCCUUGUGCUCUAUAGUCCCAUGUCUGUAAAUAUAUCUUUUUGUUUUUUGGUCAUUGACCUUAUUGGUAUUUUCAAUACACUACUUGUCUGUGAAGCUCA